CAAAUUUCUAAAAGAGGUUUUAUCUUGCAAGAAGCUAAAAAAACUGUCCAAAAACGUUGUGGGCUCUUUAGAGUUUUCAACAGCCCAAUGGCUUCUCCUCAAAUCUGACCCAACCCAAUAUAUAAUCUCCACCGUGUCUUUGCCAUUUGCAACGAUUACUAACAACGGCCCCGCCGAGCUCCUCCGCUUUGAAUCCCACUUCCAGCCGAAUAAUUCGUCGCUAAAAAAGACUUCGCUGCAAAUCUCUCCACAUUUGCUGAUCAUUUCCACGUGUUUAAUUGAUGAUUGCGCGUGGUAUCAGAGCGGUAAUCAUACGAAGCACGUCCCAAUUUCCCCUACGAAAUCUCACCUUUUUUCAUUCAUCCGCCGUUUCAAACCCUAGAUUCUCGAAUUCAUUCGUCGAUGAUGACGAAGGAGGCAGCGCGAUUUACCGACUUGCACUUAAAUUCCAGCGGCCGACGACGGUCAAAGUGCAGCCUAAGUUGCGGAACCAUGUGAGUUUCAUAGGAACAGUGGAUCGGCCUCUCAAAGUUAUCAGGACUACAAGGGCCGACAAUUUUGGGGUUCACACUUCGCUUAAUGUCAAAAACCCCCAAGACUCCGAUCGCACGUUCAAGAUAUUACUGAAGAUGUGGAAGGAGAUGGGGGAAAUGUGUGUGAAAUAUGUGAAGCCUGGUGAUUUUGUUUAUGUUUCAGGGCAUUUAGGAUCUUACUCCAAGGCUGCUGAAGAUAGACAACUCAGAUUGUGUUAUGAGGUAAUUGUAAAGGAGUUGAAUUAUGUUGCACAACCUGGUCAUAGAUCAACCUGCCAAAAUUACAAGGAAUUACAAGCAAAGCAAGAUGUAGGUGAAGCUGGUAUGGAAAGGUAUGAUAGCCAACUUUACCUGUGGCAAGUAUUUUUUUCCAGCCCGUUUGAAUGGUGGGACAAUAGGAAAAGUAAGAAAAAUCCACGGCAGCCAGAUUUUAGGCACAAAGAUACUGGUGAAGCUCUCUGGCUGAAUCCCAAUGAUCCUCCUUGGAUUAAAAAACAACUUGAACUGCUUGAUUCAAAAUUGGCAGAAGGCCUAGGUGAUCAAGUUCGUUCUCAUUAUCGUGUAUCUGAAUGGGUGUAUGAUGAAUAGGGUAAAUCUGCAGGACUUCGAAGAGGAGCAGGUAAGUAACAUUUGGGGUUCACUACAGGGCAGCUGCAAACCUGUAGCAUCAGCGGAAUGCAAAUAAAGAUCUUUGACCUUAGCCAUCAAAUAAAGGAUAGUAACAAAAGAAAACAACUAUGUUAUCAAUAGGGGAUGUAAGGUAAUCGUAGAACUAGAGCUAUGUGGCUAACUGUAAUUCUGAUUCUUUAUAGCACUUUAGAGGUAUUGUUACUUGUUUUCUUUAGUUGAAAUAUUUUAUUGUGGAAUUUAUUACUUAUUAAUCUUACAAUAUAUCAAAACUUUUGUAAGACAGUACAAAAUACAAAUGAAACGUGAAUACACUUUUGUACCAUUCAUUCAUAUUUGAAAAUUUUUAGUUUCUU